AAGCUGCACUCUAUUAGCGCGUGCUGCGAAGAUAAAUGUUGUUUCCCGUUACAUUUUUUGACUUUUCUUCUGACAAAAACUGCCACCAACGGCUUUUCUGCAGCAACACCACCAUGACAAGUUGUCAAGAAGUUAUAUUAGUUUAAACAAUCAUCUGCACAACAGUUAGCUAACAGUUAGCUCAAAGGUGUUCUGCAGCAUGGCAGCUUGAUUCAUUUCAGCAGGUGUUAACUACAGGGAGGACAAGUCUGUCUUUACAGGUGGAGGAAAUGUUCUUUUACUACACGUCCUUCGCUUUUCCGAGGAGAGUUUAAGUAUAUAUUCUCAGCUUUAGCAGCUAGGUUAGCUAAUAGUCUGCUUUGACGUCUCUACAACUACCCAGCUGUUAACACCAGAAACGUUAGCAGAAGUUUGUCUCGCUUGUGUGUCAUGCUCCUCGGUCGCGUGCUGUUGAGCCCCUGCAGAUCCACGUGUUCAAAAAUAGUUUGUUUACAGAGAGGUUUUACUGUCAAUGAACUAUCAUCAUCUCACAGACUGCAUAGCAUUUCUCACAGACAUUAUCGUAACGUCAGCCCACUGCAGCCAUCCACACACCGGUUUGGACUUAAGUUAACAGUGUGUAAUAUGCAGCCAGCCAGUAUAUCCUAUGGCAAAGAGGCUACUGUUAUUGCCUCAGAUGAUGGUGAUGAUGUGGAGGAAGAGGUCCAGCAAUGCCCGGGAACCUCCACAGUGUCAGCUCCAGUAGGAUCAAAUGAGAAGAAGACAAAAAGGAAGAAGAGGAGGGAGAAGAGGAAAUUAAUAAACAAACACCUCAAGUCAGGCGAUACCUCGGACAAUUAUAUGUCAGAGCUUCCGUUUUCUCUGACCAGCCCCGCCACAUGGAAAGAGCUUGAAUUCUCCAGCCCAGCUUCAACUCAGAAGAAGAGAAAGAGGACGAGAGGAGACAUUGGAGGGCGAGCGGACAGUGAAGAGGAUAAGAAGAAAAAAAAGAAAGAGAGCAUGCGGCCCAACUUCUUUAUCUCCAUCCCGAUCACUAACACACAGAUCAGCUCAACCGUGAUCCAGGUCCAAGAGGCGGUUCUUCAGCAGGAGCCCCGAUUGGCCAGAGCCAUGAUCCCUGUCCCAACUCUCCACAUCACGCUAUUAGUCACUCAUCUCGCCAGUCAGGAGCAGGUAGAGCUGGCCGCAACCGUCCUGGCUGCCGAGUCCUCAUUGGCCGAGCUGCUGUGUGGGCGGGAUCUGGUGCUGCCCUUCUCGGGGAUCGGUCAUUUCAGGAAGGAGGUGGUGUUUGUUGGGCUGGCCCCCGGACAACACAGACACACACUGUACAGUCUGGCAGAAUUGUUGCGAAGCCGUUUUGAGGAGCAGGGUCUUCUUCAAGAAGGAAAUCGCGGGUUUGAACCCCACCUCACCAUCAUGAAGCUGUCCCGAGCAUCAAAACUACGAUCCCAGGGUAUAAAACGUGUGGACCCAGCCCUCUACUCAAACUAUACAAACAAGUUUUUCGGAGACCAGACAGUCGAGCGGGUGGAUCUUUGUUCCAUGUUGAAAAAGAAGCAACAAGAUGGAUAUUACCACACUGAGACUUCACUACAACUUGAUUUGAACCCACUCCAAGCCAAACGCUCAAGUGGGCGUCGCCGGUCUGAGCCCGACGAGGCGGAGCUACUGAGGGUGAGCCGGCGAUUGGUCGAGGAUGCUGUCAAUCGCGCCUUGCUACAGUACAAACAAGAAACACUUCAAAACGGGGGAGCACCGCAGCCCCCUGGAAACACUGAAGAAACAAAGACGGACACUACAGCUAACUCCACCACUGACUACAGGAAGUGACAUCAUUGGACUGAGGUACAGAGACUGAGAAACCUGCCGCCUGGAAAACAUCAUCCAGGCCCAGGCUCAACAGGAGAAGAGUCAGUGAGCCCUGGGCACAAAGCCUGAACACGCCAACUAGCUGACGAGCUAACCCAGCGAGCCCACCACAGCGGCUAGCCAGUCAUGCUAGCUACCCGCCCAACUGACCUGGCUUGUCACAGUGCCGGUUUAAUAAAUAAUGUAGCUUGUGUUCGGUGCUAAGUGACCGUCCAAACAGGGCCAGCCUACCUAAGCCUGUUAUUUAACUCACUACAUCCUACAGCAGGGGCCUUGACCCAAGAUCCUCACUCAGCUUUGGGUCUGCGUUUGAAAGACAAACUUAGAAAGCACUCCUGUAGAGACUCGUGCACAUGUAAGGUUCACUUUGACCUGCCACUCACAAAACUGCCCGUUUAGAAUAUGUCAUGUUUUGUAAACACCUGCACUUAAAAUAGUCAAUAUCCAUAAUUUUCCAGUGAAAACAAAAACAUAUUUCUCCUCCACUUUGCUUUUUAUGCUGUCUUCAUUGUCAAAAGAUGACUUGUUCAUCUUUGUGGCUGGAGGAGAAAUGUUAAUAAAAGAGCUGGUUUGACUUCGCUGUGACAGGAUUCUACAAACUCAAGUGGGAUGUUGGACUGCAUCAGUGAAGGUUUUUGUUGUAUUUUGCAGUGGUUAAAAGCACUUUCCACAGAAAAUUGUAAACUUCCAGCAUUUAAUUUGACUUUUUACACAUGUUUGUCUGCACAUACCACACUAAGUUGUUUAGAGAAAUGUAUUAUAUAUACCAGUUGUGGUGUUUCCUGCCAGGGUAGCACUGAGACAAUCAGCAACUUAAAAUCAGUCAUAAGCUCUGAAGUCAAAUUUCCUAACACAAACAAAGUGAUACCCUCUUUUUACCCCAACGCUGUGGGAACAGACAGACUGGUAUCAUAUUUAUUUAUUUUUCACUAAUAAACGUACUUUACAGCAGGAUUGGAGAUACUUAUAGUGGAUGAAGAAGAGAAAAUAACACUCCCAACAUGACACUACAAGAGAGCAUUGUUCCUCCAUUAAUGACCUGCUUCUUUAAAUCACAACAAUGCUACAAGCUAUUAACACACGCUUUCUGCCUGACCGUAUAUACAUUAUCUUUUGUUCACACACUAUAUUGUUCCGUGAUUUCUUUGUGAAAAAUCCAUUAUUUAAUAAUUCUGAAGUCUGGCUGUUGGAGGCUCAGUUAUUGGAAAUAUUUAUGCUAAUCCGAGCAGUUUUUACUCUACCGAACACAUUUAUAGCCAAGCAACAUGGUGAUGCUGAUGUCGGGGAGGUUAACUCAGACAAUCUCUGCUGUCAGCUGAAAGCCCUCCUGCUUUUCUUUUCACCGUCUUCAAUACUUUUAUCUUUGCUUUAACUUGAAAAUUAAAUUGGCCUUUUCCGCUCACUCCAUCUGACCUGAUAGCUCAUGAAAUCCAUGGAGAAAAAAUAUUGAACAGUGAAGAUGUUCAGGGGGAUUGUCUGAUUUUUAUUUAAACUGGGUUUCCCUGUGAUACAGCUCUGAGAUAAAUGAUUUAUUAACUGUUGUUUUAUCCUUUCUAACUAUUAUUUAUAAUGCUUUGCCGUCACCGUUAGAGAAAUGAAUUCUACGUGAAAAGAUGUUUGACUUUGAAAUGAGAAAAAGAGCGUUCUGUUUGCAUUGAAAGGUGGCAAAAACACAAAAUGAUGUUUUAAUUGUCUUUUGUUUCACUUUUUAAUGAGCAGCUAAAUGUAUAUUCAUGCUGUUCAAUCAAAUCACUGAUUAUUAAAGGGGCCUCACGUCCCACUUUUCUGUAAGUGCUUAAGGUGACGACCCAUAGGUAGCCUUUUAAGGUAACUGUCGCUAUUUUUGUUGUGAGAUUUGCCAAAGUCGAUGUUAACCUGUGGCUAAAGACUUAAAGGAUUAUUGAGUUAAUUGUAAGAAAUUGUCCACCAUGAAGCUCAAUUCCUGUCAUUUCCACUCUCAGAAAAAUCGAUAUCCGAGAGGCAGGGACUUUGCCAGCCUAGAUUUCCAGCCACGAGAGGUUUAUUUCCCUGGAGUGCGAACAGGUGGAGCUGUAAAAUGUGCUCUCAUCGCUUCGUCAUCCACUUAAGUCUUGCCGCUGUGGGCUCAUUGAAACGUUACAAAGGUUAAUUUUGUCUAAAGGUGGACUUUGAACGUAUUUGUUUUUAUCUUGCUUCUGUCACCGGAUCCUUAAUAUCCCUAAAAUCCCCUUUAACACACAAGUAAUCCUGUUGGUCUGUACGAUAAGUCUGUUCAUUUGUGUGUGUGUGUGUGUGUGUGUGUGUGUGUGUGUGUGUGUGUGUGUGUGUGUGUGUGUGUGUGUGUGUGUGUGUGUGUGUGUGUGUGUGUGUGUGUGUGUGUGUGUGUGUGUGUGUGUGAGAGAGCGGGUUCACAAAGUUUGAUCAGUGGUUCCCCAGAGAAAUUUCUGUCUCUAUCAAUCAUGGCGACUGUGUGCGUGUGAACGUCCCCUCUGUUUGUCCUUCCAUUUGUCCGUGUGUACGUCUGAUGGUCUGAUGGGUGUGUUGGUUGUACUGUGUUGUACAUCUUGUCCUGCCAUAUUUGAACAAUAAAACAGGAUAUGAGAUUCAAAACCAA